CGGGACCCGCCCGCUCGUCGGCUGACAGCGCGGCUGGGGCGGAGGGAAGCGGGCCCGUUGGCGGGUCGGGAACGAGGCUCGGCUGCCCGGCCCGCGCCGGCUCGUUGCCAUGGCAGCCGCCGCCGGGGGCGCGGACGACGAGCCGCGCUCGGGCCGCUCGAGCUCCGAGGGCGAGUGCGCGGUGGCGCCCGAGCCCCUGACGGGCGCCGAGGGCCUCUUCUCCUUCGCCGACCUGGGCUCGGCGCUAGACGGCGGCGCGGGCCUGGCGGGCCGGGCGUCCGGCGGGGCCCAGUCCCCGCUGCGCUACCUGCACGUCCUGUGGCAGCAGGACGCCGAGCCCCGCGACGAGCUGCGCGGCAAGGUCCCCGCCGGCCGGCUGCGGCGCGCGCGCUUGCACCGCCGCGCCGGGCCCACGGGCCGGGAGGCGCACGCUCUGAAGCGCUUGAGGGACUCGGCAAACGCCAACGACGUGGAAACAGUGCAGCGCCUGCUGGAGGAGGGCGCGGACCCCUGCUCCGCCGACGACAAGGGCCGCACCGCCCUGCACUUCGCCUCCUGCAACGGGAACGACCGCAUCGUGCAGCUGCUCCUGGACCACGGGGCCGACCCCAACCAGCGGGACGGGCUGGGGAACACGCCCCUGCACCUGGCGGCCUGCACCAACCAUGUUCCGGUCAUCACCACCCUGCUCCGCGGAGGGGCCCGCGUGGACGCCCUGGACCGAGCCGGCCGCACGCCCCUGCACCUGGCCAAGUCCAAGCUAAACAUCCUGCAGGAGGGCCACGCCCAGUGCCUGGAGGCCGUGCGGCUGGAGGUGAAGCAGAUCAUCCAGAUGCUGCGGGAGUACCUGGCGCGCCUGGGGCGGCAUGAGCAGCGGGACCGCCUGGACGACCUCUGCUCCCGCCUGCAGAUGACCAGCACCCGGGAGCAGGUGGACGAGGUCACCGACCUGCUGGCCAGCUUCACCUCCCUGAGCCUGCAGAUGCAGGCCGUGGACAAGAGGUAGCGGCGAGGACCCAGGCGCAGCCCAGACGCCGCGGGGGCCCCGGGCUCGCCCCCGCUCGGACCCACUCCCAGCCCGGCCUCUGCCCUCUGCCAGGAGGCAAGGGCUGCGCCCGCUCCCCCAGCCGCACUCCCGCCUGGCUGGCCCCGCCUCUCUGGGAGCCUUUGUCACCCCACACAGCGCAGCACACCUCGGGGACAGAGAAGGCAGGCGGGGAUGCCUCGAGCCCAGAAACCCAAAGUUCGGGAGCCCCGCCGACCCCUCUCCCCCCCAAAGCAGCAGGGCAGGGCAGCCACAGUCCUGGGUCAAGGCACUCGCCUGGCACAUGGCCGAGCCGGGAUCAAUCUCCAGCACCCCCACCCCUGCCAGGAGUGAUCCCUGAGCACAGAGCUAGGAGUGCUCCCUGAGCACCGCCAGGUGUGGCCCGAAAACCGAAACAAAGAAACAGAGGCGGCGGGCGGGCAGUAUGCCUGGACGCCCCACGCGGCUCCCGGCACCUGCAGCUGUCCCCUGGCCUGGCGGAAGGGACUUCGAAGGAGUCGUUCAGAUUCUGGACACAGUAACUCUGCCACGUGUCCGGGUGUCCCCUGUAGUCCCAGGGACCCUUGGUGGAUGGAGCUGGAGAGAUAGGGGAAGGCGGGGGGCUGCAGGCCACGGAGGGGGGCGGGCUUCUGCCCCAGAGCCUGCCGGCAUCCUGGGCCGGGCUUGGAAGGACACCAGAGCUGCGGGAAUAAACCCGUGUCG